AUGUUGAUCGAGAAGCACAAUAAAAUUAUAUCGUUUUCCAAGAAUCUCGAGAAACUCUUUUCCUUUAUGGCUUUGAUGCAAGUGUUUUGGAAUACAUUGGUCAUCUGUAGCCUAGGAAUUUUCUUCAUAAUAUCUGUUAAUAAUGAACCUGGCUUUGGUUUAGUAAAAACCGUAUUUGUUUACGUUGGUGUAACAGUAGAAAUUUUUAUUUUCUGCUUUGCCGGAGAAUAUCUUAGACUUAAGAGUAAAUCACUCGCAGAUGCAGCUUACGAAUCUUUAUGGUACAAUAUGUCGCCUAAGAACUGUAAAAAUAUAUUAUUCGUAAUUAUGAGAUCACAGAAACAAUUGAGUCUCACGGCGGGAGGGAUGGCAACUCUGUCGUUAGAAGCCUUCGCUAAUAUCAUGAAGGCAUCGGCAUCAUAUGUGUCUGUUUUGAAUGCUAUGUAUUGA